AUGAAAUCAUUUUAUCUCUAAAAACCAACUUAAGUUAGAGGUAAUUCAGAACCUAAAAAAUAAGAGAAGAUAUAAAGUAACUUAAAAAUGUCAGUUUCAUAAAAGAUGCAUGAAACAUAAACAAAAUGGAAUGGAUUAAUUGCUAGAACAGUCACUCUCGAAUAAAACUUAUUAAGAUUACGUGAUUCAGUUAAUUAAACACUUCGUGGUGGUAGUAAAGAAUCAACUUCAUCUAAAUCAACAGCAGAAUAAUCACAUAAACCACCUACAUUAGUAAAUAUGACCAGCAGAAUUGCAUCACCAAUGUUAAAAAAGGUUUCUCCAUAGGAUUGUAUGACAAUGUCAAGAAUAUAGACAUAUAAGACAGUAUAAUCUUGGUUUCCCAAGUCAAGGUUCCAAACAUUUGAAGCGAUUCCUCAAUUUAGAAUUGGUAAAUUACUAGGAAGAGGAUAAUUUUCAGAUGUUCAUUUGUGCAUGUACUAUCAGACUUUAAAAUAAGCGACAAAUUGAGUAGUACAAUCUAUGCUUUGAAAGUGAUAAAGAAAGAGAAAAUUUAGGAUGAAUAGUUAUAGAAACAAAUGAUACAAGAAAUUCAAGUGCAAAUGAAACUUAAUCAUCCUAACAUAGUUAAGUUGUAUAAUUGCUAUUCUGAUGAAUACAAUUUGUAUUUGCUAAUGGAAUAUUGCAAUGAAGGUGAACUCUUUAAAGUCCAAAGAAAAUAACCUGGAUACAAGUUCCCAGAAGUAAAUGUGCCUACAAUACUUAGAAUAAAGCAUCUUAUUAUAUAAACUAAAUACUACAAUGCAUUUAGUAUAUGCAUUAAAACAAAGUCAUGCAUAGAGAUCUAAAGACAGAGAAUAUCAUGUUAUCAUUUAAUCAAAUAAAAAUUGGUGAUUUUGGAUGUGUUUGUUCUAAUCAAGACAGAAGAUAAACUUUUUGUGGUACAAUAGAAUUCAUGGCACCUGAAGUAAUUCAGAUGAAGGGUUAUGAUUUAAGAGUGGAUGCAUGGCAAAUAGCUGUACUUGCUUAUGAAUUAGUGUAUGGUUAAACACCAUUUGUUCUUUUAGGAAAUAAAGAUUAGAAAGGCAUAAUGGAUAAUAUACUAAAAGUAUUCAGUUUAAUUAUCAUUUCAAUUUAGCAUCGUUUAACAAUACCUCAUACUUUUUCAUCUGAAUUAACAUUCUUUGUUAAAGGAGGUCUUCAAUCUGAUCCUAAUAAAAGAUUAACAAUUGAAUAAAUGAUCAAACAUCCUUGGAUUACCAAACAUAAAUUACCCUAAACUAAAUGUGAAUACAAUAUCUGA